AUGUCCUCCUCUCCAAAGACGCAGCAAAUAAUAGUCAUAGGCGCCGGCGUGACAGGUCUCUCCUGCGCCCUCGACCUACAAGAAGCCGGCCACACCGUCACCCUCCUGGCCCGAGACUUCCCCGCCCCCUUCGCCCUCAUCGACGCCCAAGCCCAGAUCAACUACACCUCCCCCUGGGGCGGCGCCCACAACCGCUGGGUGCCUCCUCCUCCUCCUCCUCCUCCCGCCACAGCCCGUGAACAAGGCCACAGCCCCCAGCACGACCAUGCCUUCCGCGACCACCGCCUCGCCCUCGCCACCUUCCACCGCAUGCGCCGCCUCGCAGCCGCCCACCCCGAGGCAGGCAUCACCUUCAUGAAGGGCAUCGAGUACCUCGAGAAGCCCGGCCCCGAGUACCUGGCCCUGGUGGCACCCGGCAGCAGCGGGCCAGGCAGCGCGGCGGCGCUCGGGGUCGAGGGGUUCCGCGUGCUGGGGCGGGACGAGCUGCCGGACGACAGGGUGGUGCUGGGGCUGGAGUAUGAUACGUGGUGUGUCAAUCCCAUGGUCUACUGCUCGUUUCUCCUCAACAGCUUUGUGCACAGAGGGGGUCGGGUGGUGAAGCGGGAGGUGAGGGCGCCCGAGGAGGUGUUUGCGCUGAGGGGACUGCUGGGGGGUGGGGGUAGUGGUGCGGAGGUGUCUAAUAUGGUGGUGGUGAAUGCCUCGGGCCAGGGGUUUGGGGAUGAGAAGUGUUUUAUCACGAGAGGCCAGACAUGUCUCGUCGCCAACAAGUGCGAUGCCACCGUCACCAGGCAGAACGCAGACGGCUCCUGGACCUUUUGUGUGCCGCGCAACUUUGACGGCGGGACCAUCAUAGGCGGCACCAAGGAGCCUGACAACUGGGACCCGGAACCUUCGCGCGAGGUCAGGGACAGGCUGGUGCGGGCGUUUGUGGCCACGUACCCGGGCAUUGCGGAUGAGGCUGGCUCGGUGACGGUUCUCAAGGAUAUUGUUGGUCGGAGGCCGACGAGACAUGGCGGUGCUAGGAUCGAGAGGGAGGAGGUGGAUGGGGGUCCUGGUAGGACCAUCGUGCAUGCGUAUGGUCUGGGUGGGAGGGGGUAUGAGAUGUCAUGGGGUGUGGCAGAGAUGGUGGCAAGGCUUGUCGAGGGAGCUGAGCCGACCAGAGCACGGAUAUGA